AAAUUUCAGGCUAUCAUUUUCAAUCAAUCAAUUCUCAAUAAUAUCACUUUAAAUUUAUAUCAUUAAUCGAUACGUAUUAUACCAGCAUAUUUUGCUGAUGUCAACAAAAGGUUUAUCGUUUAACGAUAAGAAUCGAGAAUCAUUUCCACUAUGAAUAUUGAACGUGUUAGUUUCAAGUAUACUUGGGCAACAAAAGUUUUAAUGCGUCAAAUUAAUGAUAAUGAAUCAGUAAUCUUACAUGUGUCACCAAAAUUUGCAACCGUUCAUGGACAAGUUGCUUUUCAAUGGUCUUUACAAAUGCAUGGUACAACAUUUCUUAAUGAUCAGGAGCAGAUAGAAUUGAAGGGAAGUAAUCACGAUGAAACAGAGUAUGAAGAAUGUGAACCGAAUUACAUAGCAUUAUCGUUGUAUUUUAACGAUGGACCAGCACCAGUUAUUGAUGAUCUACAAACAAUCACCAAACUUUUACAAGAUAAGAAAUGUAGCAUUAAUAGCAAUGAUGAUGGCUAUGUUAUUGCUGAAACAAAAAAAUUAAGCGCUGUUCGUGGUAAAGAGACAGAACUUACGACAGUUCAACGUUUUGACUUUUCAAAUUACAUAAAAGAAAAUGUUGGUCAAGUGGUUCGUUUAUCAAUUAUGUUAAAUUUUCCUAUACAAUUAUUUGAACCAUGUACUUAUCUUAAUACACUUACGCCAACACCAAUUACAUCAUUUCUUACCGCAAACUACAGGGCAAGAGCAUCAUCAAAAGUUUUUAAUAGGCGAUUACGAAAGAAUAAAUUGUCGAGUAAUAUGGAUGAUAAUCUACGUCGAAGGUUAUCACUAAAACAGCAAGAUGAUUUUGAAGCAAUUUUCAAUCGUAUAAUGAAUGAUGAAAAAGAGCAUUGUGCUAAAUCACAAUGCUCAAGAAAUGAUUACAACAAAUGUGAAGAAUUAAAAGUUAGCUAUAAAAUGGUAUCAUUCAAAAAAUUACUAAUAGCAUGUUGUGAUGGUUGUCAAAAGAAGGCAAGAAUAAGAGACGAGGAAAAUCUUGAGUUCGAUCAGGAAGAAUUAGAUGGAUUGGAUGAUGAGAAUGCAUUCGAAUGUAAUGAACAAAAUAAGGAUGCUAUUCAUGAGAUGCUUGCUAAUAUGUUUUUUACAAAAGUUGCUUUACCGCAAAUGGGUUAUGUUGAAAAUUUUGCUGAUUUUUUAAUUGAUGCAGAACUGAAUAAUUUACCAGUGCUUAAACGAGCAUGUGAAGGUUAUCUUUGCAGUGAAUUAAAUUCAAAAAAAGAUUUAAUAACAUCAUUGCUGUUGGAGCUUUUAUUUUUGGCUAUUGUUUUCAAUUUACGAGUACUGAAAUCGAUGACACUUUCUGAAUUAUCAAAUCGUCCCGAAGAAUUGGACGGACCAGAUGCCUUAUUAGCUCUUGAUGAGUAUAAAGAUCUAGAUCGUCGAAUGACAAAGCUUAAUGGAAGUAAUCUUAUUGAAGUAAUCAGAGAAGUACAACGAUUUCGAGAGCAAAGGUUGCGUACAAAAUUGAUUUGAAAAAUCACAAUCAAUAUUGAGGAUGACGUAAAUCAAGUGAAGGAUGAUAUGAAUUCUGCUCAGUUGUAGCUACAGGAUUUCUUAAUUUAAGGGUCCAGAUAUUUAUAAGCUUUUCUACCUUUCUUACACCUCUUAUCCAUCCUACUUUUUAGGAUUAGAUAAUCCUUAUAACCAGAUAUCACUUCCAGACUUGGAUAAUACAGGAUGAUAUCAUUAUGUCGGAAAAUAUAACAGGUAAAACUGAAUCAGGGGUAUCUUUUUUAUCCCACGUUUCGUAGUAUCGUUAAAUCUGGAAGAUCUGGAAACCAAACAUAAAGACAUAUGCAUCAGCUACCACUUGGUAAUUGAGAUUACCAUCUUAGUGCACUGCGUUAGGCAACACAUUGACGUUUCCACACUCGCGUCACUUCAGGUUCAACAACCAGAUAUAAGGAUUCAGUACUUUGCUCAGGUGUUAACCCGAGUGGUAUACCUUUCCAUUCCAAUGGAUUACAGGUUGACCAACGAUGUGUAUUGCUUGAAUCUCUUGUUUCUGGUUGUUUUUCAUCUGUAAUGUUGGAAAUUAUCAGGGUUUUGCAGCUAACUAAAAUUCUUAAAAUUCAAGG